AUGGGUAUAAAUGCAAAAGGUACAGUUGUUUCUUUGGAUGCCUAUUUAGAUUAUCCUGAGAACUGGGGUCGUGACAAUUUGAGAAAAUUUACAUCACUCAAAAGGACUAAUCCGAAAUUAAAGGCUCUUUUGGCUGUCGGUGGUUGGAAUGAAGGUUCAGCGAAAUAUUCAAAUAUGGCUUCAAAUCCGAAACUGCGGAAAAAUUUCAUUACUAGCGCUAUAAGAAUAAUUCAGAAUUAUGGUUUUGAUGGCCUUGAUAUAGAUUGGGAGUACCCAAAUGCUAGAGAUAGCGUCCAUGGGGAAGCUGAUAUUGAUAACUUUGUACAACUCCUAAAAGAGUUGAGAGAGGAAUUUGAUAAAAACGAUCUCAUAUUGAGUGCAGCCGUUGCUGCUGUAACUAACUCCGCUGCAUCAUCCUAUGACAUAAAAGGAAUCAGUCAGUAUUUGGAUUUUGUGAAUUUGAUGGCUUAUGAUAUAAACAAUCCUUCAGAUAACACCACUGGUCACAAUGCUCCUUUACAUGGAAAUAAGAAUAAUCUUCAAGCUAUUGAUGUUAUUUUAGAAUAUUGGAUUGGGCAAGGUUGUCCCCCAGAGAAGUUGGUGUUAGGUUUGCCAUUUUACGGUCAUAGUUAUGAGUUAGCAGAUCGUGAAAACUUUGAUGUCGGAGAUUCUUCUACUGGCCCUGGAAUUGCAGGUUCUUACACAAGUACGAAAGGACUGUUGGGAUAUAAUGAAUUGUGCGAAAAGUUUGAAAGGGAGCUUUGGAACAUUUAUUAUGACGAUAUCUCCAAAGUGCCUUAUGCGGUACAAGGAAAGAAUUGGGUUUCUUUUGACGACGUUGAUUCUUUGACUAAUAAAUUAGAGUAUGCCCUAAAAUUUAACAUAUCAGGUGCGAUGAUCUGGUCUAUAGAAACUGAUGAUUUUCGCGGAACUUGUUCGGAUGGCAACUAUCCAUUGUUGCGAGCUGUAAACAGGGCCUUGAAUAAAUCUGUACCUGGAACUCCUGUAUCUCCACCUGGAUCAGACGAGUUUGUUUGCCCCGAUGAGGGGUAUCACGCCGACCCAAAAAGCUGUACGUCCUAUUACUUUUGCUUGUACGAUGCUGGUAAUAAAUUAGUAGCGAAGCUGUUCCAUUGUCCUGUAAAUCUUGUAUGGGAUCAAAAGAAACAAUACUGUGAUUAUCGUAAUAACGAAAACUGUAAAAUAUGA